GGUGUAUAUAAGACAGCAUUUAUGGUUUGAACCAUUGUUUGUAUGCAUUGAAUGGGUGUUUGAGUGAAGACAUCAUUGACUGAACCACUCAUUGAUUUAAUCACUGAUUUAGUGAUUGAUUAUAAGACUGAUUGCGAUAAUCGUUGCUAUCGAUUGUGUCAACGAUGGCCACAAUAGGUCUGACACUCCAGAGGGAUGUCUUCCAACACAACGACGAAAGACUGAUGACAUUCAUAGGAGUGACGAAAGCGGCGAAGAAGAAGAAGAUCUACUUCUUGACGAUCGUAUUGAAUGACUUGAAACGCAAUGUCGUUAUCUAUUUGAUUAAAAAGACGGACCAAUACUUCCGCAAACACAAGAACUGGCCGUUGAGUGACCUCCGAGUGGUGGACGCGAAGUGCGGCCAAUCGGCGGCCGACUCUCCGGAGUUUGAGCUCCACUUCCAUAACAACAAACAGGUCUACAAAUGGAUGGCUAAUAGUCUUAACGACAAGUAUUCGUUCAUUCAAUGGUUGACGCGAUUGUCGUCACAGAACUCUUCGCCGCAAAGAAUCCAAUUCUUGAAUAUACCCAAAGAGUCGCUCAUUUCGGCCGAGAGUUUAGAAAUGAAACGAAUGGCCAUUAAUGGCAACAAUGAAGACAAUAGUCAGUCAAAUGACUACAUGAGUGAAGACGAGGAGUCAUAUCAGGUGCUGACGAGUCGCGAAGAGGCAGAUCUGGAGCGUCUGAUGUCUCAGUGCGAGUUCACUAUACAUAACGCCGAGGCCUUCACCGAACAGCUCACCAAAGAAGUCAAUUCCAUGGACUCGACUAACAUUCAGAAUAUUAUGGCUUCAGAGCAACGGGUUUUGGGUUUAAUGCAAAUCCUUCAGAACGCGAUCGACGAGACACUGAAACUGGAGACCAGAAUCGGUCACUACGAGAAUCUGCUGAAGAAUGUGAGGGAUGUUGUCCUUCAGGUCGAGCAGAAGGAGGCCGUCGUUCAGACACAGAACGACAAUAACACUAAACUAUUGCUCGAAUUGGAGUUUCUUAUUAAUCAAUUGGAUUUUCCUAAAAGAUCCGAAGAAUGCCUUCUGGAGGGAGACCUGACCACCAAAAACGGCAUCGCUUUGUGUAUAUCAGCGGCGAAUGACUUACAAAAAGCACUCAACGCUGAUAUACAUCCGUCGCUCUCAUACAUGACUGCAGUCCAGGAACAGAGAAAACUACUCAACAGGACUUGUAAUCGAUUUUCAUCCAGACUUUCGCACCAUUUGAAUAAUCUGUUCUCCCAUUUGACUAAUCAAUACAGCGAUCACUUCUUAUCGGUUAUAUCUCGUGAAGAGUUGACACUUCCAUCUCAUUCUGUGGUUCACAAUACAAUCAGACCUUACAGUCCUUUAGUAAAGUGGCUGAAGACUAAUGACACCGAAAUAUUUGCUCAUUUGGCCAAAAAUUAUAGGGAUUUCGUAAGCAAGCAAUACGAGAGAGAAUUGAGUCUAUUUUUCGAGAUAUCAAAAGAGCGUCUCUCUGGCGGUCGGUAUGUGUCGGGAAACAGUACUCCGCCUCAAAACCCGGACCACAGGAGACGAACGUUACCAUCGAGUGAAGGCUCUAACCGUCGAAAUUCUGGUUCGACGACCGGUUCGACGCCCGCCUCUAACGCCGAUCACUUCGAAACCUCUUCCACUCGGAGUUCAGAAAUCAGUUUAAGCGAAUGGGAAGAGUUUGACACUUGCAUUGAACGCAUGCUAUCGGCUGUCGAUCCCAUCUGUUUGUCUGAACAACAGUUUUGCAUUGAAUUCUUUGAUUUAGACAUAAGCGCUGGCGUUCCGGCGCCGACCAACACAUCCAUCUGUUCGAGUCCUUCGCCAUCGAAUCAAAGUCAAGGCAGUAGUGAAACAGACUCUAAACGAAACGAACAAAUCAGACCAAUGAUGACAGAGUUGUUCACUGCUCUCGAACCAGAAUUUAUCAGUUUUGCCACAUUUUAUGAUAAAUUAGACGGACUCUACUCUAUGUAUUUGUUGGUACGGCUCACGCAUCACGUGCUCUCAGCUCAAGACACGGCAUCCUUUCUCUCCAAAUCGUACGGAAAUAUAUUAAUUCAAGUGAAGAGAAAUUUUGACCGCUUUAUGCAAUCGCAACAAAACAGUAUCGAAGAGUCAAAGGCUCCGAAACGUCCCAAAUGUGGAGUUUUGCCAUUUAUUAAGAAGUUUGAAAUCUUUGCAAAACAAACGGAAAACAUAUUUAAGAAUGCGGUCCAAAGGAGAGCAGAUAUCGACCGCUGGUAUACAGUGUUAGUGCGGUCUAUGUUUGAUGCGAUCAAUCGGAUCAGUAAAGAGCACCACAAAACACCUCCAGAGAUGAUUCGACUCGAAAACUAUCAUUAUUUACAAAUUACUUUAUCGACGCUUAAGAUCUCGUGUUUAGAAAACGAACGCAAAGAAGCGAAGAAUCGAUACACAGAAGCGCUUAAGGAUUACGUGAAGCGAUAUUUUGGUCGACCCCUCGAAAAGUUGAAUAUAUUCUUCGAAGGCGUUCAGCAAAAGGUAUCGCAAGGCGUCAAAGAAGAAGAGAUUGGAUACCAAUUGGCUUUCAGUAAACAGGAGUUGAGAAAAAUCAUUAAAGAUUGCAAUUUGAAAGAAGUGAAGAAAGGCUUAGAAGAGAUGUAUAGGAAAGUGGAGAAACACACGUGUGAACCAGACACUAAUCUCAUACAGGUGAUUUGGCGCUCAAUGCAAGAAGAGUUCAUCACACAGUAUAAGACAAUCCAAGAGAUGAUUGAACGAUGUUAUCCGGACGCUAACAUCACCCUAUUGUUCACUAUAGACGAUGUGCUGAACGUGUUCUCAGAAAUAGCACAAACACAUUGAGAUUUCCGA